CCUCACAUUUGGCAAAUUCAUUUCUGUAAGCCCUGGGCUUGGGAGAUUCGAACAUCUGACCUCAUAAUUUGAGAGCAAAGCUGAAUUUUUGAAGAUGAACGGGAGCAAAUGCAACAAGAUCAGGCACGUUGUGGCGCUGCGGCAAAUUGUGAGAAAAUGGAGAAAGCUCGCGAGUGCGCGGAAAGCUGCGUUGAAUCUACUCACCUGUAAAAUUUCUGCUCGUUUCUGUAGGUUUUCUUCCAUCUCUGAUGAAGAAUAUGGGGGGAAAGACUCGAACUCGCGAUCUGGCGUUCCUGCUGACGUGCCGGCUGGACACCUGGCAGUCUAUGUUGGAAAGCACUGCACGAGGUUUGUGAUCAGAGCUGCGUAUUUGAACCAUCCGGUUUUUCGCACGCUGCUGGAUGAGGCGGAGCAAGAAUUUGGCUACGAUUAUCAAGGCGGCUUGGCUAUUCCCUGCGAUGAGCUUCUGUUUGAGUAUAUUCUGCGGCUUUUUAGCCGAAAUGAUCCAGCCAUUGUAAAGCCUCUGAAUUUGGAGGAUUUGCAGAAAGCUUUGUAUACUAACAAUGAACGGCAUUGUUCCAAGGGUUUGUUUGAAAAGGAUUCCAGGCCUCUGCUGCAUGUAUUUGCAGAGAAGUCUGUAAGUUGAAAAUUUUAAAGCUCUAGGACAUAUGGAGCCGCUUGACCUUGGUUUUGAGUCCACAGAGAACCUAUUUCGUCGGAGUGACUUGAGGAUCAAAUCCACGGCUUUCUCACUAACCAGACUCGAACCCUUACCCAUUCCUUGUCCCAAGAAGGCUGAGAUUUUAGGUAAUUAAUUGUUUUUGUUCAUGUGACCGUCGUCUUGAGAAGUAGUCAGCCAAUUGAUAAGUUGGUGUAGCCAAAUCUCAUUUGCGCUCAUUAUUUUUUGAAAUUUGUUUCUUCUAACCAUGGCGAUGGCUUCUGUUGUCAUCCCCCCCACAAUCAGCACCAACAGUGUUUGAGAUGGCUCUUUUAGCUGUAAAUUUUUACCAGGUGGGGGAAAAGAAAGAGCAAUGUGAGCCUCCCUGUUGUAGUAGUGUAUAGAUAUGAGUGCAGCAUGACUGUACAGUAUAUAGUUUUGAAUCUGUGAUCUGAUUUUCCUGGUGGAACUAAUUUCAUGGAGAUUGAGGCCUUCAAUGCCUGUUUAUUUCUCUUUCAACAGCUUUCAAUCUUAUUUUCGUAUUUCUAAAAUUGGCCCAGAAUUCAUGGCAUCCUGUGUGACCUGCUUUACAACAGUCUCGUGGGCGUGCUUUUCUAGUUCCUGAAAAUUACUUGGCAUGCACGAAUGUACUUUGACUCUUGUUCCUAUCGUAUAAAAUUUGUUUUUCUGUUGUCA